GUGUCAGCUCAGGUGAAACUCCAGGCAGGUGUCUGAGGCGAGCAAGGCACCACAGCAGGUCCCCAGGUCUCUCCCACAGCCAUGCCUCUCCAGCUUUGGCUGCCCCUGGCUCUGCUCCUGCUGCCUGCCACGGGAGGAAGGGCAAGCAGCUUGGUGCCAGAGCCCCGCAUCGUGGGGGGCGAGGCAGCAGUCCCCCGACAGUGGCCCUGGCAGGUCAGCCUGCAGGAGCAGGGCCAGCAUGUGUGCGGGGGCAGCCUCAUCAGCCGCCAGUGGGUGCUGACCGCUGCCCACUGCAUCUUCAACACUCUGAGCCUGUGGCAGCUGCGUGUGCAGCUGGGAGUGUCUACCCUGUACAGUGGGCCCCGCAGCUCGGUCUCCCUGGCUGUCCGCCGUGUGGUGCAGCACCCGGCCUACAACGGGGAUGCCCUGCAGGGUGCAGACCUGGCGCUGCUGCAGUUGGAGCGGCCUGUGCCCCUCUCCCUGGCUGUGAAGCCCAUCACCCUGGCCCCACCAGGCUCCAAUUUUCCCCCGGGGACCCUUUGCUGGGUGACUGGCUGGGGCGACGUGGCUGAGAGCGAGGCCCUACCACGGCCACACCGGCUGCAGGAGGUGGACGUGCUGGUCAUGGGACUACAGACAUGCCGCUGGCUCUAUGACCCAGAGCCCAUCCCCAGGGACAUGCUGUGCGCAGGCCACAUGGGGGGCAAGAAGGGCUUCUGUGAGGGUGACUCCGGAGGGCCCUUGGUGUGCCAGUCUCGGGAUGGGCACUGGGUGCAGGCAGGUCUGGUGAGCUUCAGCAAGGGCUGCGCCGAGCCUGGGCUCCCCGGUGUCUACACCAGCGUGCCCUCUUACCAGCCCUGGAUCCUGCAGCAGCUGUCUUCACGGCACCGGCGCCGCCGCCGGCCACACUGGGGCUGAACCUGCUGCCCAGUCCCUACCCUGGGGGCCCACGCCCAUCCCCGGCACCACAGCACCUGCUCUCACGUUGACUCUGCUGCUUAGGCCCUGCACUCUGUGCCGUCUGCCCACUGCAGAGGUGGGGCUGGAAGGACACGAGGGGCACGGGCCCGCAACCCCCAUAAAC